CAAAUAGAAAAGAAGUGUCAACUCAAGAAAGUGCUCUAUUUAUAGCUACCGAGUUUUAAAGAAAACACAAAUAAAUUGAUAAACAAAGUGAAAUUAUUCUCAAAACAUAGUAAACAACUUUAUUUAAUAUAUUUUCAAUUCAAUAUCAUCAAAGAAAUCGCACUAAAAUUGUUAGAUAACUAAAAUAAAUACAAAAAUGUAAAGCUCCACCGACAUUUUUUAAUACAAAAAUCUGUGUUUUUCACUUUAAAGUUAGUGCGUCCAUCGUCCAUGUUUUGAGUUGCCUUUUGUUUUAAUAUCAAUUAAAACAAAUUAAUUUGAAGAAAGAAGAAAGAGAAAAACCUAGCAAGUAUUUUUUCAAAGUAAAAGCACUACUAUGUGCUAAUUCUCUACAACGCAAUGAAUAAAUUCCGGGAAAAACAAUCUACUGUUCCAAUUUACAAAUACAUUGGAAUUUCAUAUCGUCGUCGAUAAGAGUUUUAGAAGACAACGCAAAGAAAACAACAAACUGCUCCUUUCCUUCCUAUAUUCAACAAAAAAGAAAACAUCAAAGUCUAAGUCGACUACGAGUAUGAUCUCCGUUUCUUCCAAAUCCCACCACAACCCUCCGAAGCACCGACACCACCACCUCCACCACCAUCACUUCCUCCAUCCUCUCCAUCAAAUUCAUUCACUUGCCGCUUUGUUUGUUUUGCUUAUCAUAUCUGCCGUUGUAAGUACGUCCACUGAGAAUCAUCUCCAACACCCAAUCGCUUCGAGUCCAAAACAAAAUCAAUACAGUCGCGAAAACGUUGAAGAAUUGAACAGGGAAAUUCCCCUCCUCCCCACUGUUUUUGCUGAUGAUUUGCCGGGAGCGGAAGGACCGCUGCCGUCCUCGCCGUCGUCAACAAAUUGUUGCAAUGAUACAACGAAAGCGAGUAAGGCGGCUCAUCGGUUCGAAGUUAAAUUUAGCACCAAAGUUGUACAAAAUGAAUACAUAGUGGCGUUUAAUAAUUAUUAUCAAUCAACUGCCAGGGAGAAUUACUUAAAGGCAGCCCUCAAUUAUUCAAAUCUCUAUAAAUGGAAAAUUAUACCCCGACUUAAUCCCGCCAGUGAUUAUCCCAGUGAUUUUGAUGUAAUUUUACUAGAGGAAGAUCCCAGCUUAUCUGGGCUAGAAGCCCUCAAGUCUCAUCCGGCCAUUAAAAGUGUCACACCCCAACGAAUGGUACAUAGAACUCUCAAAUACAUCCCCAUAUCUGAGGCAGAGAGUCGAGCUGAAUGGGAAAAAUCCCAGCAACUAAACAACGAAAUCGACGAAGAAGAGGAUAUUCGUUUGUUGGAAGAAUUAAUUGAUAGUCUGCCGGCGGGGGAUAUAAAACGAAGACUCCUGCAAGUCAUAGAUAUUCCUGCUGGUGAAACAGCUGCACAACAAAAUCAAACACUAAAUCAAACCAAAGAUGCAAUUAAUCAACAGCGUCAUGCAAAUCGUCGUUUGUUGCGUGCUGUGCCGCGGCAAAUUACAUCGAUGCUGCGAGCCGACAUUCUCUGGGGCAUGGGCAUCACUGGGAAGGGUGUGAAAGUAGCUGUUUUCGAUACUGGCCUAUCGAAGAAUCAUCCGCACUUCAAGCGAAUCAAAGAACGUACCAAUUGGACGAAUGAAAAAUCGCUGGACGAUGGUGUUAGUCAUGGGACGUUCGUUGCUGGGGUAAUAGCUUCGGCGAAGGAGUGUUUGGGAUUUGCUCCUGAUGCUGAAUUGCAUAUUUAUAGAGUGUUUACAAAUAAUCAGGUGUCUUAUACGUCAUGGUUUCUGGAUGCCUUCAAUUAUGCCAUUUUGAAAAAAAUAAAUGUCCUCAAUCUUAGCAUUGGCGGACCGGAUUUUCUGGAUCAUCCUUUUGUUGAUAAAGUCCUUGAGUUGACGGCAAAUAAGGUCAUAAUGAUUUCGGCCAUUGGCAAUGAUGGCCCACUUUAUGGAACUCUCAACAACCCAGGCGAUCAGAGCGAUGUUAUUGGAGUGGGAGGUAUGAACUUCGAAGAGAACAUCGCCAAGUUCAGUUCGCGUGGAAUGACAACUUGGGAAUUGCCAAACGGAUAUGGUCGUCUGAAGCCGGACAUCGUCACCUAUGGUAGUCAAGUUAAGGGGAGCAAUGUGCGUGGUGGUUGCCGUUCCUUAUCGGGAACAUCUGUGGCAUCGCCCGUUGUUGCUGGAGCAGUCACACUAAUUGCCAGUGGAGUUCUGCACAAAAUGGAUGUUAUUAAUCCGUCAUCAAUGAAGCAGGCACUUCUUGAGGGCGCAACCCGCCUUACGGACAAUAACAUGUUUGAGCAGGGUCAUGGCAAAUUAAACAUUUUGAAGAGCAUGAAAAUUCUCUCAACCUACACGCCCAAAGUGACCUUGAGUCCGCCAUACCUGGAUUUUACGGAAGAUUACAUGUGGCCUUAUAGUACCCAAUCUCUGUACUACACCAGUUCUCCGGUGAUUGCAAAUGUAACCAUUCUCAAUGGAAUGGGAGUAACGGGUCGUAUAAUAAAUCGGCCUACGUGGCAUCCCUACACAAAGCAGAAUGGGAACCUGAUAAAUGUGUCCAUAUCUGUGUCGGAGGUUCUUUGGCCGUGGUCUGGAUGGAUGGCUGUUCAUAUUGUUGUUAACGAGAAAGGUGCGAAUUUUGAAGGACUGUCCUUGGGUCAUAUAACCCUGACAGUUCAAAGUUUGGCUGGCCCAGAAGAGUCUGAGGCUCGCAACAGUACGGUUAGCUUCCCGAUACGUGUGAAAAUCAUUCCAAAGCCGCCUCGUCAUAAGCGAAUUCUGUGGGAUCAGUAUCACAGUCUGCGAUAUCCCCCAGGAUAUCUACCAAGGGAUAAUUUGAAAAUCAAGUCAGAUCCACUGGACUGGCGAGCCGAUCACAUCCACACCAACUUCAAGGACAUGUACACGCACCUCCGAAAUGCUGGUUACUACAUUGAAGUGUUAGGUGCUCCAUGCACAUGCUUCAAUGCCUCCGACUACGGGACUCUUCUUAUUGUUGAUCCUGAGGAGGAAUUCUUCGAUGAGGAAAUAGCCAAGCUGAAGGACGACAUUUACACCCAUGAACUGAGUGUGGUUAUAUUCGGUGAUUGGUAUAACACCACUGUGAUGAAGAAGAUCAAAUUCUUCGAUGAGAACACCCGGCAGUGGUGGAUUCCUGAUACGGGUGGGGCAAAUGUGCCGGCAUUGAAUGAAUUGCUAAGCGAAUUUGGCAUCGCCUUAGGAGACUUUGUAGCGGAGGGUUACUAUACGUUGGGAGAUCAUAGCAUGUAUUAUGCCAGUGGAACGACUAUUGUCCGUUUCCCAAAGACCAAUGGAAGCAUUUUGAUUGAAGCUGAUCUACACGAUCAAGGUUUAGAGAUUCUUAAAACUCAAGAGGCAACUCUUAAAGCAAAAAAGUCGGUUCCUAUCCUGGGAUUGCUUCAACUGAAUCAUGACCUCCACAAGCUCUACGCCCCAAACAAUGAUUUUCAACAGGCCAGCUUCGAAGAGAACGCCAUCGAUCAACCUGAUGUCGAUUUGGAAGCACAGCAAGUUGACAAAAAUCCAAUUCUCAAUAAGAGAACCCUUCUGGAGGACACCACGAAUAGCAAAAAGGACAACAAAACCAAUGAGCAUCGAAUGCUUAAGUUUGACAAUAAUGAUAUUAUAAAGAAAUUAGAAAAAUUUGACGACCUAACUAACGAUGUGGACAUGGCCCAUAAUCUGGACACAGGUUUGGCCGAGGACGAAAGCAACGAAAAUGAUCAGCAAAUUUUACCUCGAGACGAAGUACCCGCUACAAAAGCAUCCAGCGGCAAUGAUGAGCCAAAAAUCAAAAGAGCCGAAGGGCGCAUAGCGAUUUUUGGUGACUCCAAUUGCCUGGAUUCGACACAUUUGGAGAAGCCGUGUUAUUGGCUUCUGGACGCACUCCUUGAAUUCACAAUGAAUUCCCACGUAUCGAAUUUACUCCGUGAUCUGAAUAAGAUCAAUCACAUUUCCAUGUCAGAAAAUAGAAAACCGUUGCCAUCACGUCUAGCUGGGAGCAACCUGCAUCAGUAUUCAAAAGUUCUAGAUCCGAAUAGUCCGCUGAAAAAGCGUGAAAUACCAAGGUGUGUCCAAAUGGAUUGGGAGCAGCCAAUAUUUCUCAAUCUGACGGCGCAGCACGAUCUCAAGCAGCAAAAUGAACGCAUAAUGGGUGGAGUUGUCAGCCACCAGGAGGAUGGUGAGAUAAGUGCGAAUUUUUUGCGAAAACUUGAGAGCCAAAAAGCCAUUCUAGCGCCAGAGGACCUAGAUCUUGGAUCAGCUGGAGCUGGUACAGGUUGGCGUGGAAAGAAAUCUGAAAAUGCAAUGUAUGUAGAUGAUGCCAAUAGCAACUACAACGAUCCCCACAUAAUGCAUCUGCGACAAGGAGGCGGCGCUGGCGGAUCAAGUGGCGGUGUUGGAAUCGGAAUCAUUAGCAACAAAAAUUCAGACGAAGAGACUCUCAGUUAUUCAUUGCUAGCUUUAGUUAUAUUAACAUUUUUAGUUUUUAUAUUAUUUAUAAAUUGGUUCAAACGACGAAGACUCAGUAGCGGUGCUAACGGUAGUAAUCGCCCCAGCCGGAGUCGGCGGUUUUCUUUUUUGGGCAAUCUUGGUCUGUAGCAAUAUUUUUAGAUAAAGAAAAAAUGUGAGUUUUAGGGAAAAUUCAUUUCAUUUGCAUUUUGAAUUUUUGUUUCUUAUUUUUAUUUUAAAUGUGAUUCACAUGGUUUAUGAAAUUAAAUUCCAUUUCUUAUAUUUUUAUGUUGUUUAUUUGAGAAAUAUACAUAUUUACAUAUAUUUUUAUAUUAUUAUUAUUUUAUUUUUACAUGAGGACAAAAUCUUAUGAUCUUUUUAGAAGUAGAGUGCGAUCUGUUAUAAUAGUUUUAUUUUAUUGAAUUUUAAUUUAAUAUCAUCUGCGCAGGAAUUGUUUAAUAUUAUGUUCAAUUAAAAUUAACAUAGUUUUUUUUUUAAAUAAUACAAUUUUAUCUUUUACGCUGUAUUUAAGGAAACAAAUGUGUCUCAGAUGGACGUUUACUCGUUCACACAAAUAAAAACAAAUUAAAUUAA